AUGUCAGAUCAAUCCUCACUACAACCGCCACCGCCGGGGAACCCGCGCAAGCGGAGAAGCGCGGACAAUCUUUCUAGUCAGACGAAAAAGAUCUCGCCAACUCCGCCGAAGGGCACAUCUCUGUCAGAUGCCGUGCAAGCAGCACCCACCCAGGGGGGCUCCACUCGCGAAGAUAUCCCCACCGACAACAUCUUCAGCGUCGACAAUAUGGCCAAGACGGCAGUAGAUACUGGGAGUAUUUUUGAGCCUUCUUUCUUUUUUACCCGCGACGCAACCAUUGCCGCAUUGGAGUCUAUUGUACGUUGCUGGGCUCCCACCAGCGGUUUGAUCCCGACGGAAGAUCUAGAGCACUGGUACAAGGGGCUCUCAGGCGAUGAAAUAACAACACUUGCUACCCUCGCGUGGCAUUUUGGCAUGGAUGAACUCGGACUCGGCGAACUCCGCUCAUUCAUAUCUUCUCUUCCGGAUGAUGCUGAUGGGCUCGAAAACAUGUGGGCCAGGAACAGAUUUCGUCAGGGCUGGAAUUUCAAGACUUCUGCAGAAUUCGAGUCUGUGCUUCACACCGUGAAGGCUUUUCAGCAUCCUGCUUUCGCUGAGAUUGCGGCACAAAGCCACGGAGUUCAGAAAGUGGUUACGAGGGCCAUGCAAAUAUCAGCUCGGGUUGGGCGAAGUGUAGAGUAUUUUCCCAAGCCUGCUCUUAACAUUCCAAGUCGUCUUGUUGGGAAUCUGAUCGCAUCUGCCCGGCACAAGCCAAUCCGCCCACCCGAUCAUGACCCGUCCUUCACUGCCAGCAUUGCAGUUAUCAUACCUACCCUAGAAGGCUCGGGAGGACAGUUGGUUAAUACUCUGAAGUCAAUCCUGAAGAAUGAACCUCAACAGAUCAUACUAUCAACUAUUGAUGAAAAUCGACAGAAAGCUGAGUUUAUAGCAACAUCAGUGCAGAAUCACAGAUCCAAAGUGGAAGUGACAAGCAUUCCUAGACCAAAGAAAAGUCGUCAGAUUGCAAUAGCAGUUAAGAGGGUUCGCACAGAUAUUGUUAUCCUUGCAGAUGACGACGUCCUGUGGCCUCCAUGCCUUGUGCCAUGGAUUCUCGCUCCGUUUAAGGAUCCUCUCAUGGGAGGUGUGGCCACAUGCCAGCGUGUGCAGGCACCUAACAACCCAAGAGUCUCCUUCCAGUACAUCUGGUGGUUCCUGGGCGCAUUGUAUCUAGAGCGAAGAAACUUCGACUGUACUGCAACCACUUAUAUGGAUGGAGGUGUUCCCUGCCUCUCGGGCCGAACGGUUGCCUAUCGCACGGAGAUCCUCCAAUCUUGCAUGGAAGCUUUUGUCAAUGAGACCUGGUUUGGCAAAUCGCUCAACGCGGACGAUGACAACUUCCUGACACGCUGGAUGGUCACUCACGGAUACAAAACCUACUUUCAAUCCCAUCCCAAUGCCGAGGUUCUCACGACGCUAGAGGAGAGUCCGAAGUUCCUCAAACAAUGUGUGCGAUGGUCUAGAAGCAACUGGCGAAGUAAUCUGCGCAGCCUGUUCAUUGACCGGGCUGUCUGGUGUGUUUCUCACAACCAUAUCGCAAUUAGCUCUCUUAACUGA